AUGAGGGACAUCCCACCAAAGCCACUUUAUGAGCUUAUCGUCAUACAGCGGUUGGACCUAAUUUUCGUAAAUGCUAUGCUGUCAGCCUGUAUAAAUAUAUUUCUGCUGGCUAUUCUGACUCUUACAAAAGAGAAUGGCUAUUUAACCUUCAAAGAUCACCAGCUUGGCUCUGAAUCUGCUGAGUCCGCAGAUGUCACCCCAGCUAACUGUGUUCCUCGUGAUUCUCCUGAAGGCAUCGCUCGUCUACAUAUCAUAAAUAAGCAACUCGCUGAAGAAGCAGCUGCGAAAGGAGAACCGCUUACGGCUGAAAAAACGACAGACGAUUUACCACAACCAGCGACCACAGAAGUGGAUACUCCGGCUGAGCCAAUCGGCGAAGAGUCAGGAAAUGUUCCCGAAGAGCCAAGUCGACCACCAUUCAACGACACUUCAUCGUUUGACGGUGUCGAUGUCGGCGAAACAGUAGAACUUCGUAUUUAUAAGCCACUCUGCGAUUACUGA